UCUUAACGACGCGGGUGUGUAUUACGGCGGAGGAUCAUCGAUUCCCCGAGACCGACGCUCAUCGAACACGAGACCACGGGUUCGGGGACAUCUCUCGUCGUCGAUAUUUCUGAGUGAUGUUUUGAGCAGCACACCACACGGAAAGAUGAAGACUGCGGUCGGUACAUUCCUUCUUUUGCUCGUCAUCAACGGCGUCAUCUCCGUCGAAUGGAAGCACAGUGCUGUCCUGGACAACAAUUUCUUGGUGCUCUGGACGCCCGAUGAGAAGGACGUUACAUUCGAGAUCCAAGUGAAGACCCUCGGUUACGUCGGGCUCGGUUUCACGAAGGACGAUGGCCGCGCCGGAGCUGACAUGGUCAUCGGAUGGGUCGAUAACAACGGUCAGGUUCACCUUCAGGACCGGCACGUGAAGGACGCCAGCAGAGAUCCGCAGAUGGAUUCGAGCCAGGACUACCGACUCUUACUGGGUUACGAGAACAAGACGCACACAGUGCUCCGCUUCAGUAGACGAUACGACACAUGCGACCCGCGGGACUUGAAGAUCACGAACGACACGAUGCAAGUGGUGUGGCAAUAUCACGUCGAGGAGCCGGUAUCAGCGGCCGGUAUUUUACCUGAUCACGGGGCAGUGCGAGGAUCGAGACCGUUAUACCUGGUGCAAAGAGACGCACAGCCCAGACGAAAUUCGCGUAAUCAGGAAACGGAUCCGCCUCUGAAAAUAUGGGACAUUCUGAACAAGCAGGUUCGUUUACCCAUGGGGCAAGACACGCUGCUCUGGUGCCGUGUCCUGAGGAUGCCGAGCAUUAAUCAGAAACACCACGUCGUGAAGUAUGAACCAGUUAUUCAGCCGGGAAGCCACGAAUACCUUCACCACAUGACCCUGUACGAGUGCCGCGGAGAUCAAGCCGAAUUGGAAACCGCGGCCGAAACGACCGGGAGUGUCUGUUAUGUUCCUGAUAAACCCACAUUCCAGUGCAACACGAUUGCAGCCACUUGGAGUCUCGGUUCUGAGCGUCUUCUCUACACCGAUCGACUGCGCGGCCAUGACGCUGGUAUCCUCAGUGUUGGCAUCGAUCCGAACUGGCGGCACAUAAUACCGCCCGGCCAGCCCGAGGUGGUCUCCGAGGGCCACUGCAUCGCCGAUUGCACCGGUCAGACGAUACCGAACAGCGGCAUUAACAUGUUCGCCGUGAUCAUGCACACCCACCAGCUCGGCAGAAAGGUCCGCCUGCGGCAGAUCCGCGCCAGCGAAGAGUUGCCGCCGAUCGCCGCCGACACCAACUACGAUCCCAAUUAUCAGGAGUAUCGGAGGCUUCAGAGACCGGUCAAGGUGUACCCGGGCGAUCAUUUAGUCACCGAGUGCACGUACUCGUCCGAAUCUCGUACGGCCAUUACACUCGGCGGCCUGGGAACGAGAGAAGAAACUUGCCUGGUGUCCGUUCUCUAUUAUCCUCGUAUUGAAUUAUCUCUUUGUUAUUCAUUGCCUUCGCUACCGACGGUACUGCACAGCUUGGGAAUCCAGAAAUUAAUACAGGCUUCCAGUCCGGUGAUGAUCCAGGAGCCGCCGAACUUAAAAGGCAUGACACUCGAGGAACGACUAGUCAGCUACGACUGGGAGUCGAAUUUCCAAAGUUUCCAAGAAGCCACUCGAAGCGGCACGUUUAAGCCGUUAUGUGGUAGCAGUAAAGGCGCCCUGCCCGGUACAGAAAACCUCGAGGUGCACUACCCACGCAUCCUCAGGCCUUACGAGGAAGCGAGCGUGCCCUGCGCAAAGAAGCCACUGCGGAACAAGCUGUCGAUGUUGCUGAGCGAGGACGGCGAUAUUGGUGCGCCCGUUGAUCCUGACAGCGACGAGUCGAACGCAGUCGAGCGGGGUCAAUUGGUGCGUAGCAAGGUGUCCCGCAGCAGCGACGCGGGUCCCACAGCUGGUAGUUCCUGCGGCCGUACGGUAUCGGCGGCUGUGAUCCUGGCCGCCGUCACUGUCGUCGCCGGCGCUGCGUUCAGGUGAACGUCGCCGCCGGACGAGCGGUCGUUCGAGUUCACUCGGAUCCAGGAUCGCCUUGGUCAUCCAUCGCGAUCGAAUGGCGGACCGAGCAACAGCAGCAGUAGCAACUGGCGCGUGCGUAUGUUCGCGUAAGUAUAUGCCAAUCUCAGCGACGCGACACUUAGGCUUAGAUAAAUGUUAUUGUUCUCCGACCGAGCGCAUCCGGGAGCGCAUUCGACUCUCGGGUGAUUCGAUCAGUGGGCUCUUUUUUUUUCGAAGUGGAGCGACCUUUCCGACACUGACUAGCGGCUGGCGCAAUCUUCGUCGUGUACCAUAUCGUGUUUCAUACUGGAUAGGUAAUAAAAGUUACAGCCAUUCGGCCUUCGUUACUCCGAUACUGAAUAGUGAAAUGUUCAAAGUGAGAUAAUUGAAGCUAAUUCGAUAUAUUUAAUUUAGGAGUGCUAUAAAUACUCGAAAAAUUUUUGCCAGAAUUUAAUUUAGCUUAACAAUUUAUAUUUGCAUUUCAUUUAUAUUUAAAAGUUGAAUUUAUUUAAUUCUUAAAAUAAGCAGCUCUCGUAGAGACUUAAGCAACAUAUUCACGCGCGUAUCGCGAAGAAUUCGCCAGCCUUUAGUCGAGAAUGUCGAAUUUCUGCGAGAGGAAAAGGACAAUUGCAAUCACCAUUCGAUUCGGUGUAGAUGAAACCUAUAUACAUAUAUAUAAUAUAUCAUAGAAAACGUAGAAGAAAUUACCGAAUCCACGUUAUCUCGACUUAUAGGUGUUGAAAUAAAAUUAUAGUAAUUUUACGGAGGCAUGUCAUCGAAAAUAUCUCAUCCACGUACGGUGUUCGAUUUUAUCAGUACAAGCAAUGUUAACUCUCUCUUUCUUAGUACAGUUACAUGGCUGUAUUAAAUUAAG